GGGGACUCGAUCGCAUCGCAUCGCACCGCAUCGCAUCGCAUAGCAUCGCAUAGCAUAGCAGCGCAGCGCAGCGAAGUGAGGAGCGGCGACGCGCGUGGCGUUCGGCUCGAGAGCAACGUCCCGCCGCGCUGCACCGCGCGCUUCGCAUCGGCCGUAACGCACAACAUACUGUACAUGAGGCGCGUGUGAACGUGUCCCGACCCGACCCGACCCGCGCCAGUUCAUGGCACCGGUCCGCGCGCCCUCCGCUCGCGUCGGCGGUCCGAGCAGCGCGCGCAGAGCUGCAGUCCCGCUCUAACAGCACCGUCGCACUGCUGCAAGGAGCGAACUCACUCGUCGGAGGAGCCCGGGCGGUGGGCUGCGGUGGGCUGCGGGGGCAGGGGAGGGGGGGACGCGCAAGGUGCCAAGUCGCAACACAAGUGAGUGCCUGGACGGAACCGAGAAGUGCUGCUGCCAGGGGAUACAAACGGCGCUGCGAGAUCCCGACGACAUGCUGGCGAAGCAGCUGAGCGCCCUGCUGCUGCUCUGCCUCCACAUGGCCGUGAGCGUCGUGAGGGAGGCGGUCCGCCGCCUGCUGCCCCGCGCCAGGAAGGACCUGAGCGGCGACGUGGUGCUCAUCACCGGCGGGGGACGGGGCAUCGGCCGCCACCUGGCCAAAGAGUUUGCGAAGCAAGGGGCAAAAAAGGUGAUCCUGUGGGGCCGCACUGAAAAGUGCCUGAAGGAGACCUCUGAGGAGAUCUCCCUCGGGGGAACUGAGUGCCACUACUUCUUGUGUGAUGUGGCCAACCGGGAGGAGGUGUACAGACAGGCUAUGGUGGUGCGGGAGAAGGUGGGAGAUAUUACUAUUCUUGUGAACAACGCUGCUGUGGUGCACGGGAGGACCUUAAUUGACAGCGAUGAUGAUGCCUUGCUGAAAUCACAGCAUAUUAAUACUCUUGGACAAUUCUGGACAACAAAAGCCUUCUUGCCUCGGAUGCUGGAGCUACGCUGGGGCCAUGUGGUCUGCAUCAACUCCAUCCUGUCACUCUCCUCCAUCCCUGGGGCUAUCGACUACUGCACCUCCAAAGCAUCUUCUCUGGCCUUUAUGGAGAGCCUGACACUGGGACUGUUGGACUGCCCUGGGGUCUCCUGCACAACUGUGCUACCCUUCCACACCAACACAGAGAUGUUCCAGGGCAUGAGAGUGCGGUUUCCCCAGCUCUUCCCUCCUCUGAAACCAGAGCUGGUGGCUCAGAGGACUGUGGAUGCCGUUCGGACCAACACAGCCUUCGUCUUCUUACCCUGGACCAUGCGUGUGCUUGUCAUCCUAAAGAGCAUCUUGCCACAAUAUGCACUUGAAGAAAUUUACAAGUUCUCAGGGAUAUAUUCCUGCAUGAACACAUUCAAGGGAAGGACGUAAGGGGCUGAACAGGAGGACUGUGAACAGAGACGCUUGAGCGAAUCCCAAGACUGCCUUUCAAGAUCUUAUGGUGGAUGGCAGGUGGCAAUGGGACCUUUUUGAUGUCACUGGUCCUCGAUGGCACUUCGACAAGACAUAUGGUGUCUUUACAUGUGGAACGGCUUCGUGUAAUAGACUUGUCGAAGCUCAUCUUCUCCUGUCCUUUCAAACCCCUUCAUCUACACGUGCAUUGAAAUUCCAAAGUUGGAAUAUAAUGGUGGGCAUUAUAGGGGAAACGGGACAAUUCUGACGUGAGCGUUGACCUGCUCAGAUUGUGAAGGACUGGAUCCAAUUACUUUCUCUGUUUUUAUCGCUUUUAUUUCUUUUUCAUUUCUUUUCAAAUCUUCAUUUUUGUUUAAACCUUGGUUUGCCUUAAAGUGUCAAAUAAAAUGUGGUUUUUAAAAGCGCAGCACCGGCUCAUGGGCACAUUUUGAAAAGUAGGCAAGAGAGGAGACUGAUAUUUCUCUUUGCCUUGACCUGGAGACCUGUCAGAUACACAGUGGAAGUUUACCUUGAGUGAUUUGUUGACUCUGAGGUCGGUCCUGCACCCAACUACAUGGCUGGAACCUGCAACAAGUGUAGCCAAAGGGGGCUUCAACAGCUGGGGUGUCAAGGGGUCAUGGAGAGUAGGAGAGUUUUCAGCAAAUUUUAUCAAAAGAAGAAAAUUGUUGCUUUUCGACAGCAAAACAUUCACCUUCGAUAGUGCAGGUCCAACACGUUGGAGCUGUUGAAGUACCCGGACUCGUAUGGCGCAGCUGGUAAGGGAUUCUUUUGGCCAGAACUCAGUUCCAGCACAGCUGUCAAGCAAUGCAGAAACAGCAAGUAUAAACCAAAAUAGUGAACUGAUCACGUCCCAUAAGAGCUGCAUUGGGUUAAUUUUCAAUCAUUCACUGUUGAACAAUCAGUGGUAUGUGGAUAGGGAUAUACGACAAAAAAAAAAGAAAAAAAUGUGGGUAAAAGAUUUUAAAAAGAUGCCUUAUGUGUUGCUCUGUUUUGCACCCUGUAUUCUUUUAUCUA